AUGCGACCAUUGAAUUUGCCAGCAAUGAAGUAUCAAAACACUUUGUUGAUCAAUGUUAGAUCGUCCAAGAGCACCUCGCAGUUUGGUAAAUUGGACAAUCUGAAGUCGGACAUAGAGGCUGCAGAAAUGUCGGAACCGGUAGUCUCUCCUGCUAAUGCUUUCAAUCCGAAAACCGACAGUUUGCACUCAUCUAUGAGACCGAUCAUUAUGCUAGCACAAUGCUUCUCAAUGUUUCCUGUGUCAGGUGUUAAUACUCCAGACGCCUCACAUCUCAGGUUCACUUGGCGCAGUCCGAAAUUUAUAUAUUGUGCAAUUUCAUUUCUUGGUUCGUCAACGAUGACCAUUUUUAAUAUUAUGAGGAUAAUAACGUCUGGGAUUAAUUCGACGAGAAUGACCACAUUCGUUUUCAAUGGAACGAAUUUGAUCGCGGCUUUCCUCUUUCUCAAAUUGGCCAUGCAAUGGCCUUGUUUAAUGGCAACUUGGGAGAAGCUUGAGAAAGAGCUUUCAAACAGGCAUAAAAAGGUCUCGAGAACAACUUUAGCAGCUAAAUUCAAAAUCGUGACUAUGGUGGUGAUGAUAUUUGCCUUAGUGGAGCACAGUUUUUCGAUACUUCACGGUUACAUCAAGGCUAAGGACUGCGCGCAAUCGCGCGGAGAUCCAGAUAUCAUUGGUGUGUACUUCCAGUCGCAAUUUCCUCAGAUAUUUUCUAGAAUCCCGUACAGUUUGUGGAAAGGAAUAGUGGUGGAUAUUAUUAACAUUCUCAGUACUUUCUCGUGGAACUUUGUCGACAUAUUUCUCAUCCUCAUCAGCAUUGCUUUGGUGGAUCAAUUUCGACAACUAAACAGCCGCUUGUAUUCUAUAAGAGGAAAGUAUCAUUUCAUUGUUAAGGCAAUGCCGGAAUGGUGGUGGGCCGAGGCGAGGAGUGAUUACAAUCACCUGGCUACCUUGACGCGACAACUGGACUCCCACAUAUCCAUUAUGGUCCUUCUCUCUUUCGCCACCGAUCUCUAUUUCAUCUGCAUACAACUACUUUUCUCUUUCAACCCUAUGCGCAGUAUCGUUGAGAAAAUUUACUUCGGAUUCUCCUUUGGAUUCUUACUAGCGAGGACGACGGUUGUCUCUUUGUGCGCCGCCUCGAUCCACGACGAGUCCUUACUUCCUGCUCCGAUCCUCUACAGCGUUUCCGGAAGCAGCUACUCCACGGAAGUGAUGAGAUUCUUGUCGCAAGUAACAACGGAUAGCAUUUGUUUGACAGGCAUGAAAUUCUUCUCGGUGACCAGGAGUCUCGUAUUAACUGUGGCAGGUACCAUAGUCACGUACGAGUUGGUCCUAGUCCAGUUCAACGCGGUGCAACAAAAUGGCGCUUCGAAUAGCACGGAUGUGUGCGAGGUGAAGUAA